AUGUUGUGACACUGAAAGGCAUCAGAAGAAUUAAUAAAUCUGUUUUUUCAUCAGGUUCUGGUCCAUGUGAACAGAACUGUCCACUUACUGUCUAAGAUUAGAAUAAAGACUUUAGACCCUAAGCUUUGUUUUAAACUGAGCUGCAGUGACCGGGUUCAGGUUCUGUUCAGUCAUCAUCUGUGUUUUGAUCCAUUAAGGAUUCAUUCCCUUACAGUUAGCUGGUUGAUGGCCCAGCUGGAAUUGAUAUUGAGUGGUGUGGGAGGAGCUUGCUUUCUCAAACAAAUUCCCUAUCUACCUAGAGCCAGUUUCCAAUAGCAAUUCACCCCGAGAGACAAACAAACUCAUCUCUCGACAAUAUACAAGAGUGCCAAAACACAUCAAACAGACUGAAAUUAAUCCUGGUAACUUCACGUUACAUCAAGUUUAGGUUAUGAUGGUGAGUAAACCAGACAUUUACUGGCUUAAACAAGUGGCAGUAGAAAGAAGUAACUCCCAUAUAACAGGAAUAAAACCUCCUUCAGGACCAGAACCUGGAUUAGCGCAAGCAAACAUCUUCUACAACCAAAGCUUUGAGAAGUCAGAUGCUGUCAGAGAAAACAUUGAGUGACUCCUUCAUUGUUGAGAAACAGUGAAGCAGAUAAACUGUGAGACUGGAAGAACAUAUCCGGAUGGAGAACAGAGAAUAUGUGGAUAGUGGCAGCAGUGAAGGAGGAGUCACAACAUCUUAUCUGCUCAGAUGAAUCCAGCCUGAUUGCAUCAAUAACAAUUAAUAAAGUGGAACAUUUUAAUAUACGGAUGAGAUGUAGGUUUAAGAUCAGCCUGGAGUUCUUUAUUCAGUUACUUAAUCACAUCAGUCAUGUGAUCCUGCUGCUGGAUCCUAACGGGUCUUCCCGCCGGAGAUCCGGUGGGUUUCAUAGAGAGAAGCUCCGACCACAGGAUGCGCCGCCUGUUUCACCGGCUGACAAACGAUGCGAAGCCAUAGAGUCUCGGUGAAUCAGCCAAUCACAGAUGGCGCUCUACCCCGCUGUUAUUAACUGACAGGACAUCGGACCAAUCAGAGCAGUUCUAGGCGAGAGGCCGCGGAGUAGGAGGGCGGGGCUUCAUCGCCACUCAGUAGAUCAACGGAACAAAAUGGCGGCCGUGGCUGCGGAGCCAGGAGCUGCGGUUCCGACCACAACACGGUCCGAGAGUCCGCCGGAACCCGGACCGUACAGCCCCGCAUAUCACGAGAUUCCGGCGGAACCCACCGACGGCCCAGAAUCAGGACCAGGCGGGAACCCAGACAACGGAGAAUCCAGGGAGAGCCGCCAUGUUGGUCCGGAGCAGAACCCCGGGGCGGGACCGGUUUUACCCGCGACAGACAGAACCACAGAGGGUCAGCUGGACCGGAGCGGGACCACAGAGGAUGUGUUGAACCGGAGCGGCGUCCACCCGGACCAAACCGCGACCACAGGCCUUUCGAACCUCCCGGUGGACUGCAGCGGUUCUGAGAGGGUCUUUCCCGGACUGCCGAACUCAGACAGUACCAGUACCUAUCAAACCAUUCCCCUGGACCCGCAACCCCCCGCAGUUUUUCUGCACUCGGUUCCGGACCCCGCUCCGGUCUCUGAGGCCGGUCUAUCUCUGGCCGAACCGGCAGAACCUACCGAGACCACGGAACUGGACCGGUGCUACACGAUUCUGGAGCAGGAGGAGUUGGUACCUGGACCUGCGGAGGAUUCAGUUUUGGAUGAGAACUCAGAACCUGCCAACGGGUUCUGUAAGAGCUCAUCGGGACCGAAGCACGAGGAUAGCUCUGGGUCGGAACCGAGUUCUGUGCUGGACCUGAGUCCUGGUACCGAGGUCCGAGUUAGCCUGGAGCACGUGAUCGAUGACGCGCUGGUGGUGUCGUUCCGGCUGGGGGAGCAGGUCUUCUCUGGGGUUCUGAUGGACGUGUCCAAAAGGUUCGGACCUUUCGGGAUUCCGGUCACCGUGUUUCCCAGACGAGACAACCGCUGCCGUCCCGCGGCGUCUCUGCAGACAGCUGCCACUAGCGACGGGCCGCAUACUGAGCUGGAUGAGGCAGCUGCCCCCCAGCCCUGCGGCCCCAAGCCACCACCGCUGUUCCAGGAGGGGGCGCCGUACCCACCGCCUCUGUUCAUCAGGGACACCUACCAGCAGGCCUUACCUCAGCCGCCGCCUCGUAAGAUCAAGAGGCCGAAGCGGCGCUACCGCAGCGAGGAGCCCACCUCCAUCAUGAACGCCAUCAAGCUCCGCCCCCGCCAGGUGCUCUGUGAUAAGUGCAAAGGUGUGGUGGCGUCAGGCGGCCACCGGGAGGCGCGACGGGGGGAGGAGGCGACACGGCGGCGUCGACCAGCGGACGCUCCCAUGUCCUCGGAGUUGAAGCGUCUGAAGAUGGACGACAAGUCGGGGCGCAGUGCCGACAAGCGAUCGUCAGGGUUACCAGGGCCGCAGUCCUCGCGGCGCGUCCUGAGAGGCGUGGUCUCCUCCUCUUCCUCGACGGCGGCAUCCGGCCGGAUGCGCCUGCAACUGAACUCUAAGAAGGUUUUGACUCCGGCGCCAGACCGGCCCGACGCCCGCAAGGUCCUCCAGAAGUUGGCUCCACACCGCCGGCCCAAAGACCAGAACCAGGACGGUGGCAAGGCGGUGACCCGGGCCGCGGCAGUGCAGAACCACGGCCAGAAGGUCCACUUCACUCGCCGCUUGCAGAACCCGGGCGGUGCCGCCGUCCCUGCGCCGCUGCCACCCAGAAUGCGCCUCAAACCUCAAAGGUAUCGUACCGACGACCCAGCGCCGAGCUCUGCCUCUGAGGCGUCGCCCCGACCUGCCGCAAGCCCCACCCCCUCGCCGCCAGCUCCUCCCACCCCGCCCCCGGCCGUUGUCGCCAUAGAAACGAGUGACGGAGAGGCGCAGGAAGGAGCUGGCUGGCAGGAGGCGGAGCCUCCCCUGCCGUCCUCCUGCUCCCUAGACUCCUCCCACUCAGAGUGCAGCUCCACAGAGACCUUUGACCUCCCGCCCCCUGGGGAUCCGCCCUCCUCUUCUUCUGCCCCUCCCCCAGCCCCUCCCUCCUCUUUCGUCCCUCUGUGCACCCCGCUGGCGGGCGAGGACGAGGAGGACGGCGACCUGAAGCGCCGCAGGAAGUCGUCCACGUCCUCCUCCUCCUCGUCUUCGUCCUCGUCGUCCGUCUUCUCCAAGUCCGUGUCCAAGUGUCUGCUGCCGGAUGGCCGCACCGUGUGCGUCGGUGACAUCGUCUGGGCCAAGAUCUACGGCUUCCCCUGGUGGCCGGCACGCGUGCUGGGCAUCACGGUGGCGCGCCGUGGCGACACGGGGCUGGCGGUGCGGCAGGAGGCGCGGGUCUCCUGGUUCGGCUCGCCCACCACUUCCUUCCUGCCGCUGGCGCAGCUCUCGCCCUUCCUCGAGACGUUCCAGUCGCGCUUCGACAAGAAGAGGAAGGGGCCGUACCGCCGCGCCAUCGCCGAAGCCGCUAGCGCCGCCAAGCAGCUGACACCCGAGGUCCGCGCGCUGCUCACGCAGUUCGAGACGUAGCAUAAGCCCCGCCCCUAUUACACUUGGCCCGCCCCUUACGUUCACUGGGAGGAGCCAACCCAGACUAAUAAAGACUGUUUCCUGUGUGGAGAGGAGGGGAGGAGCCUCAGAUGGCAGGGGGCGGUGCUUAAUCUACCACCUGGUCAGGUGGCAGCAUUUCAGCUCGCUGAUGUCAUCAUUUAUCAGGAGAUUCAAAGCGAUGAUUGGCUCACCAGGCUGACAUCAUGAUGACAUCACUCCUACCUGACCUGUUGUAAACACUAAUCUCUCAUCAGGCUUCAUAAUGGUGAGGUCAUCGAUCAAAAUGGCUCACAGUUUUAUUUUUGUAUCUUUCGAUGAUGCUCUGGCGCCCCCUUCAGGUCCUAAUGGGGCUUGAAAUGCUGACACACUGACAUCACUUCCUGUCGAGUUUGACUGAAAUUAUUUGUACUUUAUUUUGAAGUUCUGUUUAGACGUUUAACUGUGAAAUUGAGUGUGGUCCAAACUGAGGCUGGGGGUCCAGAACAUGGUCGGGAGUCACACACUCCAGUCCCUAGUGUGCUUACAUCAUCGCAGCUGCGUUUGAUUGGCUCCAACAGUCAGUUCACUUCAUUGGUAAACUGGGUCCCUUUAAACUGGAUCUCAACUGGUUCCCAGUAAGGUGGGUUCCAGUAAACAGGAAGUAGUUUUAGCCAAUCAGAUUGUCCGAUGUAGCUCUUGGAUCCUCCUGGUUUAUGUUCAGAGACGUUUUGUUUUGACGUCUCACUCGUUCUGUGUUUGGAGCCCUGAGCCUGAGUUCAUGGACCGGGGACAUGUGGGACAGGUAGGACACACUGACUGUUAGCCAGACGAGGAUGAUGAAGGUGGAUCUUCUCUCUGCUGUGACUGUCGGACUCUUUUUACCGUCUGUUUGCAGAUCAGAGACUCUGACCAGUGUACAUGUCUUUCUGUUUGAAUCUGUUAAUAAACUGUCCAACUGCUCUUUAA